GUAUUGCAUUUUGAUAUUUUUGAAAACUCAGGUUUAUUGAUGAAAAAGUGAAUUCAAUUUUAUUAAAGCUAUAGAAAACAGGAAUGGCCUUCAGUGAAGUUUGUAGAAUUUGUUUAUGCGUUAAUGUUAGCAUGCUUGUACUAAAGAAGACUAGUCUCCGAAAUUUGUACAAAACAUUGACGAACAGUUUUAUGGAUGAGGAUGAGGAGCCCAUUAUUGUCUGUUUCACCUGUCAUGCAAGACUCAUUCGUUGCAGAACAUUACAACAACAGGCUAUUGAGUCAAAAGCAGUUCUGGAGCAGUUGCUUGCAGGAGGGUCCAUGGUAUUAUCCGUUCCAUCCAUUAAAACCUAUAAAAGCCCCUCAUAAAUUGCUACAUAUAGGAGGGAUUUUGCCCCAUUUGCCAUGCUCGGCAGGUUGGCAACAGCAGUUUAUAUUGGUCUGAGUCGUUAUCACCAAGAUGCUGUUACCCAACUCCAAUUUCUGUUUUCCUGCUCGCGUACGUAGCUUACAUCGAGCGCUAACCAUCUGAGCUAUCACGGCUCUUUAUACUCUAUUGUAUAUAAACGAAAUAUUAGCUAUAUGUAAUAUUACUCAGUAAACAAAAAUCAACAAAGAUCUUUGUCAAUUUACAGCAUUCGCGAAUCUGUUUCGAAAAAUUGUUGGGACUCGAUGCUCGGGAUGGAUGAACUAUCUUCAUUUUUAUUUAAUUUUAUUCGGAACCCUCCUUUUGUCUGGAUUUUAUUAAUAUUUGCAGUUGUUGUCAGGAAGAUGCUGCGGCCAUCUCCUGUUUCAGUUUCCCUCUGUCCCUUUUUACGACAUCAGCGGGAUGGUAUGGUAGUAUGGAUUCUCCUACAGCAAAAAAGCCAGUGUAGUGGACACUGGCUUUUUCUCUUAUUUAAAAUAUUUUUUUGGUUUCAGUCAAUACCAAAAUGGCAUGAGGCUAGAGAUAAGAUUCAAUUCACACCAAUUAGUCAUAUAGAUAUCAGGCCAGUAGAGUGUGAUAUAGAACAUGAUUGUAAGAACGAAAUGUUUAGCCUUGAAUCUGUGAAAGUUGAGGAAGAGAAUUUCGAAAAUGAGUAUUACAAUUUUGAACAAAAUGAGAAUCAUGAAACAGAGAAUUCUGAAAAACAAGAAGAUUUGGAGAUCGAUGCUUUUGAAGAUAGACAUACGGAUUCGGAGUACGACUUGCCGCUAAUUGCAUUUGGUUCAAAGAUUAAAAAAGAUGACGAUGACAUAGAAACUUCUGAAAAGAAGAUUAAAUCAAAUUCUACUGAUUGUAACAUAAACGAUGUUCGUAAAGAAAACCUCGAUUUUGAAGGCCCUACUAUUAAAUCAAACCCUAAAGUGAAAAUAGAUAAUCAACCAAUUAAUAGAAAAGGAAAGCAUCCUGCAAAGAUUAUGAAAACGAAAAUUUUGAAACAAAAGAGUGUAAAUAUACUUAAGAAAAAGACAUCUGGGACAUCAACUAAAUACAUUUUUGAACGUGAUGGUUGUAGUAAAAAAUUUUCAACAAAAGACAUUCUCGCCAAACACAUUUCAUACAGUCAUAAGACGCAAAAGAACUCAGACACCACUGCAUUUCGGACACAAGUAGAAUUAACUCCAGUACCACAACAAACAGAAAUAUUUAAUUGUGAUAUUUGCGAAUUUAAAACAUCUCAAAAACGUAACAUUUUGGCACAUCUUAAAGCGCACGUCGCUAAACAAAUGUACUGUUGUAAUAAUUGUGAAUAUAAAUGUAUUAGAAAAAGUGUGUUGCAAAUGCACAUGAAAAUACACACCGGUGAAAAACCUUUUUCGUGUAAUAUCUGUGAAUAUAGAUGUAUUACAAAAUGUCGUUUGCAAAAACAUAUGAAAAUACACACCGGUGAAAAAUCUUUUUCGUGUAAUGUCUGUGAAUAUAGAUGUAUUACAAAAUGUAAUUUGCAAAGACAUUUAAAAACACACACUGGAGCAAAACCUUUUUCGUGUAAUAUCUGUGAAUAUAGAUGUAUUAGAAAAAGUCAUUUGCAAAGACAUAUGAAAAUACACACCGGUGAAAAACUUUUUUCGUGUAAUAUCUGUGAAUAUAGAUGUAUUACAAAAAGUCGUUUGCAAAAACAUAUGAAAAUACACACCGGUGAAAAACCUUUUUCGUGUAAUAUCUGUGAAUAUAGGUGUAUUAGAAAAUGUGAUUUGCAAACUCAUAUAAAAAUACAUACUGGAGAAAAAUCUUUUUCGUGUAAUAGCUGUGGAUAUAGAUGUAUUAGAAAAAGUGAUUUGCAAACCCAUAUAAAAAUACAUACUGGAGAAAAACCUUUUUCGUGUAAUAUCUGUGAAUAUAGAUGUAUUAGAAAAAGUACUUUGCUAACUCAUAUGAAAAUACACACUGGUGAAAAACCUUUUUCGUGUAAUAUCUGUGAAUAUAGAUGUAUUAGUAAAAGUGAUUUGCAAAAACAUAUGAAAAUACACACCGGAGAAAAACCUUUUUCUUGUAAAAUCUGUGAAUAUAGAUGUAUUAGAAAAAAAGAUUUGCAAAGACAUUUAACAACACACAUUGGAGCGAAACCUGUUUCGUGAGCUAUCUGGUAGAAUAUGUACAAUAUUGUGUAAACGUGUUUUAUAUAAAUAUGUGUGUACCAGAUAAAAAUCUAUUUUUUGUGAAUUUGUGAUGUAAUAAAACCUUUCUGUGUCUUAUGUGCAAAUUGAAACUGCAUUUAUUCUGAAGAAGUUAAUUCAAUACCUAAUUUAAAAUAUUGUACAACCGAAUUCAAUACAAACUAUUAAGAAUAAUUCAAAAACUAUUGGUCAAAUGACCAACAGACCUUGAUCAAAUUUAUAUGGGAUCACAUGUGAAGCACCUGCUUUCAAAUAAAAAAAAAAAGAAUUAUCGAAAUCGGUUCAUACAGAAUAAGUUAAGACGUAAUAAACAUAAAAUUAUUAAAUAAGAUGUGCGUGCGACCAAAAUGUACCCACAACAGCAGGGACUGGCUGAAAAACAGUGCUGAGCAUAAUGCCCAGCGAAUACUGAGCCUGUGCCCGUUGCCUCACAUUAUAAUCGUAAACUGAGUAAUAUUAGUUAAUCUGUUAAUUGUGAAUGUUCAUUUUUUUAUAAAAAUUUUAAGUCUAAUCAUUUUUAUGUGUAUACUUACUUUGUAAACUUUUCAUUUGUAAACUUAUUAUUGUGUGGCAAUAAAUAUUUAUUAUUAU